CUUUAUAUUUUUUUUUUCUUUAUCUUUACCUUUAAUUUUUUUUUUUCAAUAAAAAAUAAACUCAGAAUGGAUGGUUCACAACAUCCACUUGUAGUAUCGAAUACACCACCUUUACGUGGUCCAGUUGAUUCACCUGCGCUUCCUGAAGCAGAAGAAAUGGCUACCAAUUUAAAAGCUCAUAGAGGCAGUAUGUCUUUAGCAACCACUCAAUUUGAACAACAAACACCUAAUUCGUCUGCAUUACGUGGUCGAUCUAAAUCCUUGGCUACUGUUGGUUUACACGGUUGGCAACAGCCUCGUCUUCCUUUAGAUUAUUUUUCUCCCGGAACUACCUCAGGUGUUCCUUUCAAAGCAAGAUCUUGGGAACCUACUUUAGAAAAAGCCAUUCGUGCGAUCGUCUCUAUUAAAGCAAGUCAUGUUAGAAGUUUUGAUACUGAAACUUCAGGUGGAUAUACUGCUACUGGCUUCAUUGUCGAUGCUUCACGCGGCAUCAUCUUGACAAAUCGUCAUGUUGUUUCACCUGCUCCUAUUGUAGCUCAAGCUGUAUUGACAAAUUAUGAAGAAGUUGACCUUAAACCCGUUUAUCGUGACCCAGUUCAUGAUUUUGGUUUUAUGCAAUUUGAUCCUAGUCGUGUUAAAUUUAUGGAAUUGGAGGAAAUUAAACUUAGCCCAGAAAGAGCUAAAGUGGGUUUAGACAUUCGAGUUGUAGGUAAUGACGCUGGUGAGAAAUUAAGUAUUUUGGCAGGUACAUUAGCAAGAUUGGAUAGACGUGCUCCUGAAUAUGGUAUUGGUGAAUACAAUGAUUUCAAUACAUUUUACCUUCAAGCAGCUUCAGGUACAAGUGGUGGAUCAUCCGGUAGUCCUGUUUUGGAUAUUGAUGGACAUGCUGUUGCUUUAAAUGCGGGUGGUGCAAGUCGUGCUUCAUCUUCUUAUUAUUUACCUUUGGAUCGUGUCUUACGCGCAUUAAAAUAUAUUCAACGUGGAGAACAAGUACCUCGUGGUACGUUACAGACUGAAUUUGAAUAUUUACCUUAUAAUGAAGUACGUCGUCUUGGAUUGAAAGCUCAUAUUGAAGAAAAGGUACGCCACAAAUUCCCUGAGGAGACUGGUAUGCUUGUUGUUCGAUCUUUGCUACCCAAGGGACCGGCCGAUGGUAUUCUUGUACCUGGUGAUAUCAUCAUUGGCUGUAAUGGUAAAAUGGUCCCUCAUUUUAUUGCCUUAUUUGCUAUUCUCGAUGACGCUGUGGGUCAAGAAAUAACAUUAACCAUCAGUCGUGGUAAGAAAGUACAAGAGGUCAGAGCAACAGUACAAGAUUUACAUUCAAUUACACCAAAUCGAUUUGUCGAAAUUGGUGGUGGUAUCGUUCAUGAAUUAUCUUAUCAGUUAGCAAAGUCAUACUCUCAACCUACAGGCGGCGUCUAUGUUGCUACAUCAGGCCAUAUGUUGGCUAGUGCAAGUGCUUGGCGUAAAAGUAUUAUUGUUAGUGUCAAUAAUAUUCCUACACCUAAUUUAGAUGCUUUCAUUGAAGCCAUGAAGACUUUACCAGAUGGUGCUCGAGUUCCUAUUAGAUUUUAUGCUCUUCAUAAAGCUUAUAAAGAUAAAGUCAUGAUUAUGCAUGUUGAUAGACACUGGCAUAAAUUUAGAUUAGCUGUUCGUAAUGAUUUAACGGGUGUUUGGGACUUUAGUGAUUUCUCACCACCACCUUCAACCAUUCCUUAUUCGCCUUCCACUGCUACUUUCCCACCUUUGGAUGGUUCUUUAGCACUUGCUGAAAAAUUAAUGCCAUCCUUUGUCGCUAUUGACUUUUAUUUACCUUACUUGGUAGAUGGUAUGAAAGCUACACAAUUUUAUGGUACAGGCUUUAUUGUCUCUACACAGCCUCCUUUAAUUCUUUGUGAUCGUGAUACGAUCCCUAUUGCUAUCGGUGAUAUCUUUAUCACCUUUGCCAAUUCUAUCAUCAUCCCCGGUCGUCUUCUCUUCCUUCAUCCUUUCUACAAUUUUGUCCUCUUAACAUACGAUCCAUCCUUCAUCGGCAAUACGCCUGUAAAGCCUAUUGAAUUUGCAGAUCGUCAGGAACUGAAUCAAGGGGAUGAAGUUAAUUUUAUUGGUAUCGGUAACGACCAUUCAGUUGUGAUGAAAAAGACAACGGUUUCAUCCGUAUCUAAUAUUGGUACACGUGAGUGCUCUCCACCACGUUGGCGUGCGAUGAAUGUGGAGGGUAUCAAGAUUGAUGAUUCUCUUAAUUCACAAGGUGGUUUAAUGACCAAUGAUGAAGGUCAAGUCUUGGCAUUCUGGAUCAGUUACUCAUCACAGAACGAAAAGGGUAAAGAUAUUUCCUUUAUGUCAGGUCUCUUGGCUUCUCUUGUAAAGCCAACCAUUGAAAAAUAUCUUCAAGAGGGUGAAAAGAUGAUGACCUUUAAAGGUUUAGAUGCUGAGCUUUGGACGAUGCGUAUUGCUGCCGCACGUACGUUGGGUCUAAGUGAUGCAUGGGUGAAGAAGAUUGAAGAAAGUGGUUCAUCACGUCAUACUUUGUUAUAUGUCUUGAACAUUCUUGAUGAACGCAGUGCAUGUGCCAAGGUGCUUCAUGUCGGUGAUGUCAUCUUGAGUGUCAAUGGCCAAUUAGUGACCCGCAUGUGUCACAUGACUUUUAUUCAUGAACACGAUGAAAUAGAUAUGGUUGUUUUACGUGACGGCAAAGAAAUCGAAGUCAAAGUGCCCAUGUCAGAGUUCAGUGGUUAUGAAACAACGCGUGUCAUUGGUUGGCAAGGUGCGCUUAUCCAACGUCCUUAUAAGGCUGUUUUAGAGCAAGUACGUAAUGUCCCAGCUGGUGUCUAUGUUUCCUGCACACUUUAUGGUUCACCUGCCUCUAACGUACUUCGUCCAGGCGUCUGGAUUGUUGAAGUACAAGGUAAACCAGUCAAGGAUCUGGAUCAGUUCUUAAAUGUUGUUCAUGAGUAUGAAACUGAAAUGACACGUCGCCGACGUUCUAGUUACAUUCCACCUGUACAACGUACAGCUGAAGAACGAGCAAAAGAUCAAGAGGAUGAAAGAGCCAUGAUACCGGAUAACUCGGACGAUGAAGACGAUGACGAUAACGACGAAGGAUAUAUUCGUAUAAAGACAGUGAGUCGAAAUGAAACAGUUCGUGUUGUUGCCCUUAAACUUGAUUUACAUUAUUGGGAUUCAUGGCAAUUAGUUCACGACGAUAGCACUAUUUGUAAUUGGGUAUCUAAAGAUGCUUAAGAAAAAAAAAACAAAUCCAUUUAUUUCAAAUAUAACUGUAUAAUCUUCUUUCUUUUUUGUUUUAUAUACAAUGAAUUUAGUUUUUCUUUGUCCUUUAACAUUAAUUAUGUAAAUUAAAUAUAAAUUAUUAUUCUACUACACAGUAUAUAAUAAUAAUAAAAAAAAUGAAUAUG